AUGGUUGAUCACGAGCUUCCCUCCGACGCAUUGCGACUAGCCACCGAAGAUAGUGCGACAGAGAAAUUCGAGUCGCGAGAGUCUUCAACCCAAGACCAGAAGCCGUCAGAAAGCACAGAGGAGCCUGGAGAGGACGAGGACGAAGGAGGUCUUGGAGUCUACUUUCGAAUCUUUCGAUAUGGUGACAAUCUCGACUAUGUUCUAUAUGCUAUUGGAAUAUUAGGUGCUAUUGUAGUCGGCGCUGCUUUACCUCUAAUGACCCUGGUAUUUGGUUCGUCGACCAGUUCUUUUAAUGGCUACGCAGUCGGUCAAGGCAACUCGAGUCAAUUCCGAAACGACAUCGACCAUCUGGUUCUCUACUUUGUGUAUCUGUUCAUUGGUCGCUUUGUCAUUGGUUAUGUAGCAACUCUCUGCAUUUGCAUUGCUGCUGCCAGGACCACCAAUGCCCUGAGGGAAGCGUUUCUGGAAAGCCUGCUCAGGAAAGAAAUAUCCCACUUUGACUUGAAAGGCAAUGGGUCUGCCGCGACACAAGUCACUACAAACGGUCAUCGCAUCAAUCAAGGCAUUGCCGAGAAGCUCUUUUCUCUUGUCAUGGGAAUCUCGCUGUUCUUCUCGUCGUACAUCGUUGCGCUUGCCGUACAGUGGAAGCUUGCUCUCAUCACGAUGAGUAUAGUGCCAGCGAUUGUGCUUAUCACAGGAGGUUGCAUCGCUUUAGAUGCGCCUAUAGAAGCCCGGAUUACUCGAAUCUACUCCCGCGCCGCAACGCUGGCACAAGACGCUUUAAGUUCCAUCAAGACUAUACACGCGUUUGGAGCACAGGAAAAGAUUGUGGAAUGGUAUGACGAUUACCUACAAAAAGCACACAACGAGGGAAACAAGAAGUCACUGUUAUACGGUGUCUUGUUCAGCGGCCAGACUUUUCUCGUCAUGUCAGGCACCUCGCUUGCGUUCUGGCAGGGCUUUCGGAUGUUUCGAAGUGGCGAGAUCGCGAACGUCGGCACUGUCCUUACGGUCAUCUUGAGUGUCACACUCGGAGCAACUUCUGUCUUGCUCAUAAUGCCGCAGAUACAGGCAAUCACGAAUGCUUCAUCGGCUGCAGCAGAGCUAUUUGCCAUCAUCGACAAGCCAUCUAUGCUUGACCCCCUCUCUUCCGAAGGCAAAACACCCCACACUUGUGUCGGAGACAUCGAGAUUCGUAACCUAUCUUUCUCAUAUCCUUCACGGCCCACAGCACCGGUACUUCAGGACCUCAGCUUGCGUAUACCAGCUGGUAAGACGACUGCCCUUGUUGGACCCAGCGGAUGCGGCAAAUCAACUCUAGUUGGGCUACUGGAACGAUGGUAUCAGCCAACCUCAGGCCAGAUCCUGCUGGAUGGUCACGAUAUCACCACGUUCAACACUAAUUGGCUACGUACCCAUAUUAGACUCGUACAGCAAGAGCCAACACUGUUUCAAGGCACGGUGGCGUCCAAUGUCGCAAAAGGUCUUGUAGGAGAGCAAUUGAGUUUGACUGAGGAGCAACAAACGCAGCUUAUUCAUAAUGCUUGCAUGGCAGCAGACGCACAUGACUUCAUUCAGAAGUUCCCUGAAGGCUAUGAUACACAGCUUGGAGGGCGAGCCAGUAUGCUGAGCGGCGGACAAAGACAGCGAAUCUCCAUUGCGAGAAGCAUUGUGGCCGACCCGAAGAUCUUACUUUUCGAUGAAGCAACAAGCGCAUUGGACCCACGCGCAGAAAGGGUUGUCCAGGCUGCGCUCAAUCGCGUUUCUGUCAACAAGACAACACUAAUCAUCGCACACAAACUCGCGACGGUCAUGGCAGCCGACAACAUUGCAGUUAUGACUAGUGGGAAGGUCGUCGAACAGGGCACACAUAGCGAACUCCUCGAGCGAGAUGGUCUCUACGCAGCUAUGGUUCGUGCACAAGACCUGGGAGCUACCGAGAAAGAAUCCAAUGUACUAUCACAGAAGCCAGAGGGAGAUGGCAACCCUGGAAAGACAAACUUCGUGGUUGACGCAUCCUCAACAAAAACAGACCACCUGAAGUCGAGCACAACACCAUCAGAGUCGGACAAACUCGUUGCUGGUACUCUCAACUUCUCACUGAUCAAAUGCAUCCUCAUCAUGCUCAAAGAACAUCCAGACUUGUACCCAUGGUAUGUACUCAUCAUGUUGGUCUACUUGACUGUUGGUGGUACCCAGCCAGCCCAAGCCAUCAUAUUUUCUCGUCUCAUCCGCGUCUUCACGCUUGAAGGCUCGGAAGCCAAACGACAAGCCGAUUUCUUUGCCCUCAUGUUCUUUGUCCUGGCGCUCGUGAAUCUUGUCGGCUAUUUCCUGAUUGGAGUAUGCUACAACACACUUGGCCAGAAACUCACCCAUCGCUAUCGUCGAGAAAUGGUCGAGCGCAUAAUCCACUUUGAUCAAGACUUCUUCGACCGGCCUGAGAAUUCAUCUGGCGCAUUGACUGCCAAGUUGUCUUCUGUUCCUUCAUCAGUACAGGAGUUGAUGUCCGCCAAUCUUGGUCUGAUGUUGAACGUGAUAGUCAACAUCGUAGCUACUAGUGUAGUGGCUAUUGCAUUUGGCUGGAAACUAGGUCUCACACUAGUCUUUGCUGGACUCACUGUGAUUGUUGCUGGAGGAUACAUCCGCAUCAGACUGGAUCAGAAGCUGGAAGCUUCGACAGAAGAGCAGUUCGCAAGCAGUGCCGGCUUGGCCUCUGAAGCUGUUUCUUCGAUAAGAACUGUCAGUUUCCUCGCACUCGAAAGGUCUGUGAUGCGCGAGUAUAGCGAAAAGUUAGAUGGUAUUGUCAACAAAGUCAUUCGAAGUCUGGUAAGUGACAACCGUAGCCCAUGCCAAUUCCUUGCUGACUUUGUCUCUUAUUCAGNNAUGGUAACUUUGAUCCCAUAUGCUUUGUCCCAAUCAGCUGAUUUCUUGGUCAUGGCACUCGGCUUCUGGUACGGAUCAAGACUGAUCACAGAAGGAGAAUACUCUACAACUCAAUUCUUCGUGAUUUUCCUGUGUGUCAUCUUCGGUGGCCAAGGAGCAGCUCAAUUCUUCGGCUACACAACCUCAAUCACCAAAGCACGAGGUGGUGUAAACUACGUCCUCUGGCUUCGCACCAUCAAACCUCAAAUCUGCGAGACGGACCACAACAAAGGCAAAGGACCCCAAGAAGACGCUGUUAAUAUGGAACUCGAGCAUGUCGACUUCCAGUACAAGCAACGCAAUGUUGCAAAAGUGCUGAGUGACAUCUCGAUGAAGAUCAGCGCGGGAACAUAUGCUGCAUUUGUCGGUCCCUCUGGUUGCGGCAAGAGCACCAUCAUAUCUCUUCUCGAGCGCUUUUAUGAUCCAACAUCAGGUCGUCUUACGCUAAAUGGCGAUGACAUCUCUUCCAUGUCGCCGAAACAAUAUCGAAGCUGCAUGUCACUGGUCCAACAAGAACCACCGUUAUACAUUGGCUCUGUACGUCAAAAUAUCACAAUCGGACUGGACUACGAACCCUCGGAUGCAGAGAUUUUGGAGGCUUGUCGUCAAGCCAAUGCUUUAGACUUUGUUACUUCGUUGCCGGAAGGACUUGCAACACCAUGUGGUUCACGUGGUCUACAGUUUAGCGGAGGUCAGCGCCAACGUAUCGCUGUUGCCCGAGCACUGAUUCGCAAACCCUCCCUGCUGCUUCUUGAUGAAGCGACUUCUGCACUGGACACACAAAGCGAGCGUGUGGUGCAANAAGCACUGGAUGAAGCGGCUGCUGGUAGAACUACUAUUGCUGUCGCCCAUCGACUGAGCACUAUCAGGCACGCUCAUGUCAUUUUUGUGAUUGAGGAUGGCAAGAUCGUGGAGAUGGGAACACAUGAAGAGUUGCAAGGGUUGAAAGGAAAGUAUCAUGCUAUGUGUCUAGCCCAGACUCUGGACCAAGCUUGA